GGAAAGAACUGCAUUGCAAUGUGACGUAUUGUUCUCGUGGGUAACAAUAUGGCGCCCUUCUUCCGUCACUUUCCAGUCUUUGUUGUAUACGGCGUCGGGCGUUGCGUCAGGGCAUUAUCUUGCCUCCUUGAUACUCUUUGUUGGCCUGGCAAAGAAGCUCGUCGGCCUUACGUCACGUGUACUUCCGCGAAUUGUGGCAGUGGAAAUGUUUGCGCGGAAGGGCUCCACUGUUGCACUUCCACGCAGCUCUGCAUCAACAUGAGCGUCACCGGGAAGACGUGCGUUGUCUGUACUCGGCCUGGUUUUUGUUUACCGAACACCCGCUUUUCUCCAAUGUGUCCCUCUCCUGCUCCUCGGCGCCAUUGACUUCCAGCCCGGCCGCCAUGUCCGCGGAGGAGGACGGGGUGCGGGAGGAGUGGUCGCUGCUCUUCUGGACCGCCGCGGCCGUGGUCGUCCCGGUCCUCAUCACGCUGUGGUGCAGCGUCCAACGCUCCAAGCGGAAAACGCACAUGAAGCAGUUCUUCCGUCAGAGCAGACAUGGCUGGCACUACACGGACUUGUUCAGUAAGCCCACCUACUGCUGCGUGUGUUCCCAGCACAUCAUGCACGGGGCCUUCUGCGAUAGCUGCGGCGUGUGCGCUGACGAGCAGUGCCUGCGCCGGGCGGACCGGGAGCUGUCGUGCAAGGAGAUUAUGGCCCCUUCCCGUGCGGACGGGGCAGUGGCCCACCGCUGGGUCAGGGGCAACGUGCCCCUGGCCAGCUACUGUAUAGUGUGCAAGCAGCAGUGUGGAACGCAGCCGAAGCUUUGUGAUCUCAGAUGUGUGUGGUGUCAGACAACAGUGCAUGAUGAGUGCAUGGACAGCCUGGUAGAUACAACCCAGUGUGACCUGGGCGAGUUCCACAACCUCAUCAUUCCUCCUCACUAUCUGUACCAAGUCAACAAGCUCCGCCGUAGACACCCUGACGAGUAUACAAAGCUUGCGAUGGACUGUGGGUGUGGUUGGACUCCUGUGUUGGUGUUGGCGAACACCCGGAGUGGAAAUAACAUGGGGGAGGCUUUGCUGGGAGAGUUUCGCUCCAUCCUCAACCCUGUGCAGGUUUUUGACCUGUCACAGCUUGCACCUUCCAAGGCCCUUCAACUGUGCACCCUUUUGCCCCCUGGUUGUGUCAGGGUGCUGGUGUGUGGAGGUGAUGGCACAGUGGGAUGGGUGCUUGAUGCCGUUGACGGUAUGAAGCUCAAGGGUCAAGACCAGUUCAUCCCAAGGAUGACCAUCCUCCCUCUCGGAACAGGGAAUGACCUUUCCCACACUCUGGGCUGGGGUGCGGGCUAUGCUGGGGAGAUCCCUGUAGAACAGGUUCUUCGCAACAUCCUAGAUGCGGGCGUGGUCAAAAUGGACAGAUGGAAAGUGCAGGUGUCUUCCAAAGGCCUCUCUAUUCGAAAACCAAAGGUUCUGUCCAUGAACAACUACUUCUCGGUGGGUCCUGACGCUCUGAUGGCGCUCAACUUCCACACACAUCGUGAGAAAACACCCUCGUUCUUCACCAGUCGAAUCAUCAACAAGGCUGUGUAUUUCUUAUAUGGCACCAGGGACUGUUUAGUGCAGGAAUGUAAAGAUCUGGAUAAAAGGAUUGAGCUAGAGCUCGAUGGUGAGAGGGUUACGUUGCCGAGCCUGGAGGGCAUCAUUGUUUGUAACAUUGGCUACUGGGGGGGCGGCUGCAGACUCUGGGAGGGAAUGGGGGACGAACCCUGUGCUCCCACACGGUUGGACGACGGUCUGCUGGAGGUGAUGGGUGUGUUUGGCUCCUUCCACUGCGCUCAGAUCCAGGUCAAGCUGGCUAACCCAGUACGACUGGGACAGGCCCACACAGUCAGGCUGGUCCUUAAAAGCUCCACGAUGCCGAUGCAAGUGGACGGCGAGCCGUGGGCGCAGGGCCCGUGCACCGUCACCAUCACCCAUAAGACCCAGGCUCUCAUGCUCUACCACAGCUCGGAGCAAACGGAUGACGACGACGACGGCGACGACGACGACGACGACAAUGAAUCCAGCGCCUCCGAGACCGAGAGCCCCACCCCUCAGGACUCACCCAGGCCCCCGGGGGCGGCGUCCGCACGAGCUUGACUCAACCACCCCGAUGUUCUUUUUUCAGCACAUUUUACAGUACAAUACUCUGUAAUCAUAUCUGUGUAUCAUAUGUUCUUUCCAUUUUCAAUUGCCAAUUGAAAAACAAAAAAUGACUAAUUAUUAAAAAAAAAAGUUUUUAAUGUAACACAAAAAAUACUUUUUUUAAUAGUUACAUUUUAGGCUCACAUCAAAAAUGAAAAACAGGCCACAAUAUUACAAUUAUUUGGGUUUAUGAUGCCCGGAGGUUUGGUAAUGACCAUCAGUAAAGAUACAUUAGCUUGUUCGCUGCCACGAUAACCACGAUCCAUCAAAUGAUCCGUCAGCCAUAUUAUAACAUAGACAAUUAUGUAUUGUUUAGAGCAGGGCUGUCCAAACUUUGUGUUGAGAGGGCCGCAUACAGAAAAAUUGAAGGAUGCAAGGGCCACUUUAAAAUUCUUUGACUUGAAUGUAAGAAACACUCUAAAAUCACUCAAGAAAUUUUACCUUGUUUAUAUAGUAGUUAUUUUGAAAAACCGCCUUAUCACCUUUUGUUAAAGGUGAUAAGGCAAAUAGUUUAGGAUGUCUCAGGAUUUAGGGGUCGUCCCAUGGCCCUGCAUUCCACUAGAAUAGACCCACCCCUGAAGUACGCUGUUCACAAAUUGAACGCUGACACUGAGCAGAAAGUGGGAACCAGUUUUUCCUCUAAAACUGAAUUAUCUUUGUUCUCAGUGUUACAAAAAUUCUGGUACUAUUUAAUUCUAAAUUUGUCUUUGCAUAUCUAGAAAAGCUUUUAUUAGUCGUAGUAGUGAUAGUCCCCAUCACUCACAUCCCCCAACAGCCACACUUCUAGCAAUGCACAUCCCCCACCCUUUUUUAAAAAUAUAUAUUUUUUUAAAAAUUGCAUUUAAUGCAGUUUGUCAAUUCAUACUCUUCUCAACUCACUAAUGUCCACAUGGGACACCAAAUGUAGACUUGGGGCAAAUCACUUGGCAACACUAUUGUUUUCAUUCUUCUUUCAAUCCUUGUGUAAUGAUAUAUGCGAAGAGCUCUGUCUGUCUAAAACUUGUCUUUACUCAGGCUCGUUAACUGGGGUCACAAAGCAAAUCAAUCUUAGUCCUGUGGACUGCCUUUUAAUUCUGUAUAUAUAUAUAUAUAUUUUAAUCUAUAAUUGAAUUUAAAACAGCUGAUUGUUUUGUUGUGGUGACUAAUAAGUCACUUUUUGUUUUUUGAUUUUCGGUUACUGUUUGAAAAUGGAAAGAACAAAUAACAGAUUUCAAAAAGCUUCAUGUUUGAUAUAUUUUAAUUUUGUGUAUUAUGGUAUUUCAUCCCUUCUGACAGCAAAGUCAGUUGGAGGUAAAUGUGAAAGAGAUUGCUGUAAUGAUUGCACUUUCUAACAUUGCUGACUAAACUGUUGAUUUAUGUUCUGUUUUUACAGACACGUAGAGUUGUAGAGCUCGUAAGCCUUGGGCCUUAUCCCCUCCAAGCUGCGGGAGACUAAAGUUCUGCCAUGUGGAUGUCACGCUGCACAUGGCUGCACUGUUUUCAUACUCCACAAAGAGAACAAUCCUUUUCAGGACAGUACUAAAAUCACAAAUCAAGCAAAUUAGACUAAUUAAAUGCAGAUAAUUAUGUAAUUCAUCACUUUGUCUGCUGCAUUUUUACAAAAACAAAUACAUUAUUUAUAUUACAGAUAAGGUUAUUGUUUUUUUUAUUUUGUAAUGCUGCAAAACAAUCACUGGAUGCUGUAUCAAGCAGCUCAUAGAUUGAUUUUUGUUUAACUCUGCCAUUAGCUUGACCGGAAACUACCUUGCAGAUGUUAUAAAAAGUUGUGCAAAAUGCCUUGCAUUUAUGAACCAUUUGUCCUUGUUCUCACUUUGUUUUUGACUAUUCACAAUUUUGAAGUCCUGGGUGGCUUGUGUUGCACAUUAAUCACUGCUGAUAAGAUUGUCAGAUGACACUGGGCUUUCAGUUAAUAAAUUGCUAUAGCGCCUUUCAUUAAGGACACAUGGUUAAGUUUUAUGGAUAGUCUCUUGCAUGAAUGUAUGCAGGCAAGCAUUGAUUGAUAUGGGUACAUUUUAUGUUGUGGUGUUACUUUUUCCUUUCGCUACAGCCAUAUUCGAAACGUUAGGCCUAAUAGUCAAUCGAUGGCUGUUUCUUGAAUGUGCACAUCCUUGAUUGCUAAUUUUAUUUUAUCCAUUUCUUAUCACUUUAUGCCACCUAGUUUGACUUUUGUAGCCAUCCUUGUUUACCAGUGUUUUUGUGUGUGUGUGUGUUCUAUCGCACUAAAUUGACUUGUUUCGUGUAAGAGGCAGGAUUUUAGCCAUGUUAGCAUCAGGGCUUUUUUUUCCCCAUGAAUGUCUCGCAACAAUAAAUAAGCCAAUGGAAAUGUGGACGUCAAGGUUGUAACACGAUGGCAAAUGAAAGGAAACAUGACUCAAUGAUAAGUCCUUCAGUGAUCAAACAAAAUGCAUGCAUCACUGACUCAACAUGGUUCCCAGCAUGGCUACACACCUUUUUGCGGCGUUUUAAAAUGUAGUAGGAAUGUGCUUGUACUGAUUAUUCAGAAUCUCCUUAGUUAUUACGUUGUAUGCUAUACAAUUUUAAAGCAGUAUUUGUAUAACGUCUAGACAAAAUGAGUGGUACUCAAUGUGUAUCAAAUUUGCGUCUCGCUGACCAAGCACUGGAUUUUUUUUUAAUUCAAAAUGUAUGCUCACAUUUCCACUGUUAUGCUUUAUAUUAAUAUAUAGCGUAUUUAUGUGUUCAUUUGCUUUGUCGAAUAUCUGAACCUAAGAACUUAUAACGUGUAUGAUUGUUUUAUUUUGACUGUCAUAUUACUGCUUAAAAGAAGCCAUUUUUGCCUCUGCCAAAUAGAAAUGGGCACAUAAGUACAGUGUUGGUUGUUAAUGGGAGCCUUUAGUAAGACCGUUAAGGUUCUGUGAAUUUGUUACUUUGGAUAUUAAGUUUGACUUAGUUGAAUGUAAGAGGGUAAUGUUUAUGGAUUUGAUUAUUUUCCCCAUAAAUACUUUCAUAAUAAACUGAUUGUCCUCA